ACCCCUUUCAGUUCAGUGCCGGUGAUCGAUUGAAUCGCUGGACGUCUAGGGCAGUAGUUAGAGAGGCACCAAUUGUAGAAUAAAAAUCAAACGGAAGCAGUGUUGAAUAAUCGCACUUCGGUCCGAAAGCCGGUGGAAAAUACCAUUUACUUAUCAACGGCGAGUAGUUCCGUUCUUUUUCGGUGGACCCAGAUGGUGACUUUGUUGGAAUAGUGAUUGCUUCAGGGAAGCACGAGAGAAGAAAAGGAACCUUCCAGUUCGACGCAGAGGGAAUCUAGGAGGCGAUAAGAGCGACAAGAUUUCAGUGCAAGUGAAAGUGGAUUUGGAUUAGGAUCAGUUGCAGUUCGAACGAACGGGAAUAUUCAAGUGUUGAUUAUCGCCGUUGGAAGUGAAAAAAUUGCAUGAAAAUGGGAGACGUGAACAACGACAAGCAAGUGGUGGAGGUGCAGUGGUCACAACAGCCAAGCGAUGAGGAAAUUAUGGAAAACAUGUUGAAAGUGCGGUACGAGCAUGCUAAAACGCUGAAGAAGGACUAUUCUCAUUUGUUUAGAACUAAGUCCCGCCUCGAAUUGAUCCGGCUCUCCGUCUACCAGAUCGGCGUAGAGUUUUGCUAUGCAGCCGAAACUGCCUUUGUCAGCCCAAUCCUUCUGGGCAAUGGUCUCCAAUACACCUUCAUGACAAUGGUGUGGGCUUUUGCUCCGACACUGGGCUUCCUGUGCGCUCCGCUAGUGGCUUCAUUUAGCGAUCAACUCCGCAGUAGCUGGGGCCGGAGGCGACCGGUUCUGCUGGCACUUGGAUUGGCCGUAGUGGUGGGACUGCUCAUUCUACCGCACGGUAAACAGAUAGGAAUUCUUCUUGGGGACGAUGACGUGCCGGUUGAUCUGAUGAGCGACUUCCGGUGGGGAGUUCUCAUCACUGUAAUUGGGCUAGUUCUGACCGAUUUCGAUAUCGAAACAAGCAGCGGCGUUGGACGGACGUACUUCAUGGAUGUUUGCGUUGCGGCCGAUCACGCUCGAGUGCUGACUACAGCCAUGAUCAUCGGUGGAGUUGGUGGAGCUGCAGGUUACACGUUGGGAGCCAUAGACUGGCAGCAAACCGAUGUGGGCUCGCUUUUGGGAAGUAACGAAGCGACAGUAUUCGCCGGUGUCGUGAUUGUAGUUGGGAUUGCGUUGUUCGUAACGUUGACCAGUUUUCGGGAGGCACCACUUCCCCUCAUGGAGCAGGAUCCCUUGUUGAAGCCCGUCACUCCGAAGAUGUUUGAAGCGGAGAAAAGCCGUCAGUUAGCGGUUUGCAGUAUCGCUGGUAUGGUAGAGGCGCCAAAAAAGAUAGACCAUGUUCCAGUGACGGUGGACGAUGAAGACGAAGAAAAACCAUUGGCGUUUUUGGAUUUUUUCAAAAACCUACGACGAAUGCCCCGUUCUUUAGCUAUUCUGUAUUUGACGCAGUUCUUGGCACAAGCUGGUUAUAUGAGCUACUGCCUCUACUUUACGGAUUUUGUGGGAAGCACCGUUUUCGGAGGAGACGUUGCGGCCCUCGAAGGAUCACCGGAAUUGAAGCUGUACGACCAAGGGGUCCGCUUUGGCUGUUGGGGAAUGGCAUUGUUCGCCAUCAGCACCGCCAUCUACUCGCUAAUCAUCGAACGGGUAAUCGAAUAUUUCAGUGCACGUUUCGUCCUGGUCGGAGGUUUGCUAGUUUUCAGCGUAGGGAUGCUUCUGAUGGGGAUUAUAAACACUAAAUGGAUGGUAAUCGUUUGCGGUUUAACGGUGGGCAUCAUGUACGCCACUAUCUACAGCGUGCCAUUCCUGUUGAUCUCCCAGUACCAUGCGAGAAACUCGUUUGCCAUGAAGGACGGAAAGCUAGUUGAAAGUGACCAACGUAGGGGGUUUGGAGCUGACGUGUCCAUGCUGAGCAGCAUGCUGUUCCUGGCGCAGCUCAUAAUUUCACUUGCCAUCGGCAGUGUAAUCGACGCUCUCGAAACAUCGGCCGUGAUUGUCUACUCUGCCAGCAUAUUCUCGUUUCUCGCCGCGAUUUCUGCAACCCAGAUACUGUAUUUGGAUGGCUAACGGCGCCGCCAUCUGAGUGUGUAUGGGGCUGAACAAUUCGACUGAAGAUGAUUGCGCGGUAGCAUCUUGUCCACAUGGAAAGGAAGGCGCAGGCAGAAGCGAAAGGCGUACAAUUAAUGACCAAAGUACCACCGAUGGAUGGUGCUUGUAUGAAUGUGAUACAAUUAGUGCCUUCUCUACCUCUUAGUGUUUAUUAACUUAUUGUUUGAAACUUGCCAGGGAUUUACGGUACAGCAACUAAUGAAACUAUAAUCUCAUUCGAAGCUUAAACGCCACAAUCGUUGAGCUUAGUUGUAUUAUUGUGGUUGCAACUGUACCGCUGCACCUAUUUCGAUAUGUGUUCUGGGCAAAUAGAAUCUGGUACGAAUAAAAUACAUAAAAUAUUA